UUUAACGUUGUCACAAUGGCUCGUAUGAACAGACCGGCCCCUGUGGAGAUCACUUACAAAAACAUGAGGUUCCUCAUCACCCACAAUCCCACCAACGCCACCCUGAACAAGUUCAUCGAGGAGCUGAAGAAAUACGGAGUCACCACCGUCGUGAGAGUUUGUGAGGCCACCUAUGACGCCACCCUGGUGGUGAAAGAGGGAAUCCAAGUUCUGGAUUGGCCGUUCGACGACGGCGCUCCUCCCUCCAACCAGAUCGUGGACGAUUGGCUGAACCUGCUGAAGCUGAAGUUCAGGGAGGAGCCGGGCUGCUGCGUCGCUGUGCACUGUGUGGCGGGGCUGGGGAGAGCUCCUGUUCUGGUCGCACUCGCCUUGAUUGAAUGUGGGAUGAAAUAUGAAGACGCUGUCCAGUUCAUUCGACAGAAGCGUCGAGGAGCGUUCAACAGUAAGCAGCUGUUCUACCUGGAGAAAUAUCGUCCAAAGAUGCGUCUGCGCUUCAAAGACUCCAACGGCCAUCGCAAUAACUGCUGCAUCCAGUAA